UACUUCUUCGACCGGCACCGCGGAGCCUUCGGCGCCGUCCUCUACUACUACCAAUCCGGAGGAAGACUCCGGCGCCCGCCCGACGUCCCCUUGGACGUCUUCUUGGAAGAGUUGCGUUUCUACCAGUUGGGCGCCGAAGCGGAAGGAAGACUCCGCGAGGCCGAAGGCUUCGGGGUGGAGGUGGCCCAACCCUUGCCCGGCGGGAGGUUGCGACGACGGGCGUGGUUGUUGUGCGAGCACCCCGAGAGUUCGCCGGCCGCCCGCGCCGUGGCCUUGCUCUCCGUCCUCGUCAUCCUCGUCUCCAUCGUGGUCUUCUGCUUGGAGACCCUGCCCCAGUUUCGGGCCGGAGGGGAGGGGUCCGCUCAGGUGAGUCGCGGGAGACGGUGGGGGUCUUCGUCCACGCCAUCCUCAUCCUCACCUUCCUCAUCCUCGCUGUCCUCAUUCUCAUCCUUACGAUCCUCAGCCCCACCAUCCUCAUCCUCCUCAACCUCCUCAUCCUCACCCUCACCAACCUCCUCAUCCUCAUCCUCACCAACCUCGUCAUCCUCAUCUUCCUCAACGUCCUCAUCCUCACCCUCACCAACCUCCUCAUCCUCACCCUCACCAACCUCCUCAUCCUCAUCCUCACCAACCUCGUCAUCCUCAUCUUCCUCAACGUCCUCAUCCUCACCCUCACCAACCUCCUCAUCCUCAUCCUCCUCAACGUCCUCAUCCUCAUCCUCACCAACCUCCUCAUCCUCACUCUCACCAACCUCCUCAUCCUCACCCUCACCAACCUCAUCAUCCUCAUCCUCCUCAACCAUCUUCGGCCUCAUUCUCAUCAUUCUCAACUUCAUCAUUCUCACCAUCUUCCUCGUUAUCAUCCUCGUGUUGCUCUUCCUCAUCCCAUCCAUCUAA